AUCAAGUGUAUUUUUUCUUUCUUUCUUUUCUCUGCUUUUGUUUUGGUCCCAUUCUUUGACAAAUAAUGGUAAAGGAAAAUCGUGUAGUUACAUAACAUAAUCGUAUCAAUUACCAUCAUUAUUCACACUGCUCCUGUUGCAUGACCUAGAGAGAAAUGGGAAGUGGUUUUUCUCUCUUUGGUUGCAUUCAUAAAUCAAAACUAUAAAAUCAGAGCCCAAUUAGUGAAAAUUUAAUCAUUUCACAAUCAACAAUGGAGUUCUGGGCUUGCAAUUUCAUCCUCACUCUCUGUCUUGCCUUCUUCUUCUUUUGGAGGCUUAAAUCAAAACCCACAAGUACGUCGAACCUACCUCCGGGACCAAAGCCUCUACCGCUCAUCGGAAAUCUCUUGGAUUUCGGCGACAAGCCUCACAAGUCACUAGCCACCAUGGCUAAGGUACACGGUCCAAUUAUAAGUUUGAAACUUGGACGAGUUACAGCCGUGGUGGUUUCUUCUUCCGCCAUGGCUAAAGAGGUUCUGCAAACCAACGAUCAAUUUCUUUGUAACAGAGUUGUUCCAGAAGCGUUGACAGCUCACAGCCACGACCAACUCGGAUUUCCAUGGAUUCCUGUUUCUCCUCUCUGGAGAAACUAUCGCAAAAUAUGCAACAAUAAGUUGUUUGCCGGAAAAAUUCUGGACACGAAUGAGAAUCUUCGUCGGAAGAAAGUGGAAGAGCUUGUGGAGAUUGUUCGGAAAAGUGCGUUGAAAGGUGAAGCAGUGAAUUUAGGGAGGUUAGCAUUCGCGACUACGCUAAAUCUACUGUCCAACACAAUUUUCUCUGUUGAUUUAGCAGAUCCAAAUUCUGAAUUGGCAAGAGAUUUUAAGAAAUAUGUUUCGGCAAUAAUGGAAGAAGCUGGAAAACCAAAUUUGAGUGAUUAUUUUCCAGUGUUGAAGAAGCUUGACGUUCAAGGAAUAAGGAAGAGGAUGGAAAUUCAUAUGGGAAAUGUGUUGAAACUUUUAGACUCAAUGAUUAAACAGAGAAUAAUACAACAAGAACUGAAUCCUGAUUCUGUUCCUAACAACGAUUUGUUGCAUUAUCUUCUAACAAAUGAAGAAAUUCAAGCCGAAAUCGACCAAAAUCAAAUGCAACAACUACUACUGGUAUUGUUCUCAGCCGGGUCGGAUACAACUUCAUCGACAUUGCAAUGGGCAAUGGCUUUGUUAUUGAAUAAUCCAGAGAAAUUAAAGAAAGCUCAAGUGGAAAUGAAACAAGUAUUGGGGAAGAAAAAACUUAUGGAGGAAGCAGACAUUCCGAGGCUGGCAUAUCUACAGGCGGUGGUGAAGGAAACUUUCCGGUUGCAUCCAGCGGCUCCGUUGCUGCUCCGUAAGGCGCAAGAAGAAGUGAAAAUUGGAGGUUUCACAAUUUGUAAAGAUGCUCGGGUUUUUGUAAACGCAUGGGCAAUUGGAAGAGACCCAAUGAGCUGGGAGAAUCCAGAAUGCUUUGAACCGGAAAGGUUUUUGGGAUCGGAAAUUGAUGUGAGAGGGCGAAACUUUGAGCUUGUUCCGUUUGGAGGAGGGAGGAGGAUUUGCCCUGGACUUCCAUUGGCAAUGAGAAUGUUGCAUUUGAUGUUGGGUUCCUUAAUUAGUUUCUUCAAUUGGAAGGUUGAAGAUGGAUUUAAGGUGAACAUGGAGGAUAAAUUUGGUAUCACCGUGGACAUGGCUCAUCCACUUCGAGCCAUCCCUUCACUAAAUGAUGUUGAAUAAUUUCAUAAUUUCCCCAAGAUUAUUAUUAAAAAAGAAAACAUCAAAAUAAUUUGUGCU